GGACCCGGGGAGGGAGGCGGCGGCGCGAGAGGAGGAGGGGCGCAGCCGCUGAGCCACUAGCCUGGCUCCGACGCGCUUCUCUCCAGAUACUCCGGGAGCUCCAGUCGCGCGGACUGCGCGCCCCCAUUGCUCUGCCCCCAAACUUCAGCUGCAGCUACAUUCCAAGCCAUCUAAUUUAUUCCUCAAAACCAGAAACUGAGCCGCGACACGGGGUAGGAGUCCGCGGAGGAGUAAAACAACGGCAGAGCAAGAAGAGCUCCAGAGAGCAGCCUCCCUGGAGCGACAACUCAGCCUCAGGAGUGCAGAAACCAACAAGUGAGAAGGAGCCGCGGUCCCGGGGCGCAGCCGCGGGCAGUGGGAGCAAGCGAGCGCCCCCGAGCCCGGAGCUCGAGCCCCCGAGCCCGAGCCGCGGUCGCUGCGGCUGCUCUGCUUCGGCUUCCUCUGCGCGGGCUGCGCCGGGCGCUGGGCUAGAGGCUUCGCUUCGUCCUGGUUGCAAGCGUCGGCUGGGAGCAGCCGGUCUCCGGGGAAUAUGCAGCGCGCUUGGAUCCUGCUUACCUUGGGCUUGGUGGCCUGCGUGUCGGCGGAGUCGAGAGCAGAGCUGACGUCUGAUAAAGACAUGUACCUUGACAACAGUUCCAUUGAAGAAGCUUCUGGAGUGUAUCCCAUUGAUGACGACGACUAUGCUUCUGCAUCAGGCUCAGGAGCUGAUGAGGACAUAGAGAGUCCAGAGCUGACAACAUCUCGACCAGUUCCAAAGAUAGCGUUCACUAGUGCUGCUCCAAAAGUGGAGACCACAACGCUGAAGAUACAGAACAAGAUACCUGCACAGACGAAGUCACCUGAAGAAAUUGAUAAGGAAAAAGUUCACCUCUCUGACUCAGAAAGGAACAUGGACCCAGCUGAAGAGGACACGAAUGUGUAUACUGAGAAGCACUCAGACAAUCUGUUUAAACGAACAGAGGUCCUAGCAGCUGUCAUUGCUGGCGGAGUUAUCGGCUUUCUCUUUGCAAUUUUCCUUAUCCUGCUGCUGGUGUAUCGCAUGAGAAAGAAGGAUGAAGGAAGUUACGACCUUGGGGAACGCAAACCAUCCAGUGCUGCUUAUCAGAAGGCGCCUACUAAGGAGUUUUAUGCGUGAAACUCCCACUUAGUGUCUCUAUUUAUGAGAUCACUGAACUUUUAAAAAUAAAGCUUUUGCAUAGAAUAAUGAAGACCUUUGUUUUUCGGUUUUUUUCAUUAAAGAGCCAUUCUGGCACUCUAAUGAUAAAAUCCCAUUGUAUUUAAAACUCUUCAUGUAUUUCUUUAGAACAACAUAAAAUUAAAACUUAACAUCUGCAGUGUUCUGUGAAUAGCAGUGGCAAAAUAUUAUGUUAUGAAAACUCUCAAUGUUCAUGGAAUCGGUUUAAACUUUUAUGUGCGAAUAUGAAAUGAUUGUUUUUAUCCUAUGGUCCGAAGAUGAGAGCUGUUUAAUUUGUGUUGGCAUGUCUCAGAUUGACCUUACCAAGUUGGUCUUCCUUUGUUAAUUUAUCUGUUGUUGCCCUCUCCUCUCUUGUCCCCUCAAAAACAAAACAAAACUCUAUGCCUUCUGUAGCUGUUAUGGUGCAGUUUGUCUUUGGAUAAUUCAGAUAAUGGUAAUUUAGUGUAUAUGUGAAUUUCAAAUAUGUAAACUUAACCUCCACUUUGUAUAAAUUUUUAAGUGUCAGACUAUCCAUUUUACACGUGCUUUGUUUUUCAUUACCUGUAGCUUCCGGCAGAUUUGCAACAGCAAAUUAAUGUGUAAAAUUGGAUUAUUACCACAAAACUGUUUAGUCAUAUCAAUCUAUCAGAUCUUCUUUUGGGAGGAUUUGAUGUACGUUACUGACAAGCCUCAGCAAACCCAAAGAUGCUAACAGUAUUUUGAGAAGUUGCUGCAGAUUCCUUUGGCCACUGUAUUUGUUAAUUUCUUGCAAUUUGAAGGUACGAGUAGGGAUUUAAGGAAAAAUCAGUUUUUGUUCUUAAAAAUGCAUUUAAGUUGUAAACGUCUUUUUAAGCCUUUGAAGUGCCUAUGAUUCUAUGUAACUCGUCGCAGACUGGUGUUAAUGAGUAUAUAUAACAGUUAAAAAAAAGUUGGUAUUUUAUAAGCACAGACAAUUCUAAUGGUAACUUUUGUAGUCUUAUGAAUAGACAUAAAUUGUAAUUUGGGAACAUAAAAACUACUGAAUAAAUCAUGUGGCCUAAUAUUGAAAAUGUCACUGUUAUAAAUUUUGUACAUUUUUGAUCAAAUGUACAUCUCUUUGCUAGCAACCGUCUGCUCUCAAGGAUGAUGUGGGUUUGAUUUCUGAGUGUUGCACAGUGUCUGUAAACCAAAACCAAAGAGCUCAUUGAUGUGGCUGUUUAUUACCAGAUUUGCUUCUGAAUUGGCCAGAGGAAAUCUGAAUGUGUCAUCCUGUGUGUGUUUGGGUAUAGAUAUUGGAAAGUUGCCAGGGAGGGAAUUGUAAAGUUUGCAACCUUUAUAGGAUAGCUGAUGGCAAUAUUGAGACGGAUGCCUGCUUUUGCAAAUAGCUUUUAGGACUAUAAUUUCCAGAGAAAUGAAAAGGGGCUUUCCUGACAUCGGAGCUAAGGUUCAGUCCCGUAGAUUGAUUUCCCUUUGAAACUGUGCUCCAAAUCUCUCCUGAAGCUCUACCGAAGAACUGCUAGAUGGAAUAGCAUAGUUCACACUUUAGGGGAGGAGAGAAGGGCAAGGAGGCUCUGCAUGAACAGCAGGGCCUCGCUGCUUAGGAUAGAAAUUGCUGGAAGCAGUGAGGCCUGAGCAGGAGAUGGAAGUAUGAGGGUACCCUGCCUGGGUACUUCCUUCUAACUCAACAUUUCCUUUUUCUGUUUUACUAUUAAUUUUGUUUGAAACUGUGAGCUUGCCAAAGUAGGAAGAAGGCAGCAAAAAUAGCAACCUUUCCAACAUAUAAUUUACUUUUAAUAAAGUAUGAAUACUUCAUUUAGAGAACAUUCCCUGGAAUUGCCACAGAACUCAUUUUUAAAAAAACUUUUUUAAGCAGCACUGGGAACAGUGUUUACUUAAAUUUUCAAUGGCCUUAAUUCUCAAAUUCCUGUCCCAUCACUGCAGAAUCAGUCCACCUUGGAGAGAUUAAAAGGAAGGGAUAGCACUUUCUGAAGCGGCACAAUAUGCCUCAAUUACCGAGGUUAGGAAUGUAGUGGGUAUACCUCUAACUGUGCAAAGCAUAGUUAAAUUCAGUUCGUAGGAUAACAACUGCUUGGAUAUCCAUGCCAGGAAAAGAAAAUUUCUGGCCAAUAUUUUGUCACUGCUGUAAAGCAAAAUAUUUGUUAAAGUGCCAAAAUAAAGUCUGUCAUGCUGAAAGUAAAAAAAUCAUUGUAUAGACUGACAUCCGACUUUCUUCAACUGCACGUUUUCUGCUUAGCUUAUUUUUCUUAUUUUUAAGAUGCAGUGAAUAGUACUAUAGAAAGUGUUAGUAAUGAUUACCAAGUUCAGGAAAAUUUUGGUAAAAUACAAAUAUUAAAGCCAAUGUGAAAAUUUCA